AUGGCCCCGAAGUUCCUCAAGCAGCUACGCCGCCGGUCCAAGGCUAGUUUUCGUACCGAAGCCUCCACCGACACAUCUAGUGAUGGCGCCGUGAGCCAUGGUACUGCCCCCUCGAGCGGUUCCGUCACGCCACCUUCCAUUGCUCACCAUUCAGACCCUGCGCUCAAUCUGCAGCUUAAGGACAGCGGCGAACAGCUCACCCAGACAUCCUCACGCCCAGCUUUACCUACCAACGGAAGCAAUGCCAGCAGAUACAGUACCCAGAGCGUCCCCGGCGUGUCUGGCACGGCGUCACCUAGACUCGGCGGAAAAUCAAGUAUCCCUCUUUCCAAAUAUGCCCCCCGGAUUCACAACCUCAACGAAAAUUCCUGGGUGUAUCAAAAGACCAUUCUGCUCUAUGGUACCAUUGGGGACUCUGCCACUACAACAACACCCAUGGACGGCACAAUAACGGUCAGCAGGCUAGACGAUGACAUCCAGCCCAUUAGCUGGCCCGUAUGUGACUCCCAUUUCAAGGUUAUGGCUUACCUUCAGCCCGGCCCCAACAAGCUGCGCUUCGACUUUGCGUCUCCUAAGCUGGCCAACAGCACGUCCUCCAACCCGAUUCACUCAUCUCACCUCACCAUUCACAUGAUUCCCUCGAUGGGGUCACCGCCACUGCAGCUUGCCAUUGUGCUAGCCAAAGAUUCACCGGCGACAUACCCCGCUGCCCCGACACGCGCUGAACGGGAAGGCAACGGCCUGGAAACCGCUAUUCGCAAGUACAGAAUGGCUGCUUACCUAUGGCAGGCAUUUACUGCCGAGCAGAUGUGGCGAAACAAAAUGGGACGCAGGACAUUUCGAUUCGAGGAAGAAUGGACGACGGGCUCUGCCAUUCACCGCGAUCGAGAGACUGGCAAUAUGCGAUCUGAAGCUAGAGUGCACGUUAUCCGCUGCGACAAGACAGUUGUCGAGCUACAACAACUCGCAGACUCGCAGAGGACUACAUCGGCUAGCAGGGAGGCCAUGAACGAGACCGUAUCUGAUGCUGUCAGGUCCUACUUCAAGCCACUCCCCGGCCAGAAAAAUUAUGUGGCAGCAAUGCUGCUUGAUACCGAUUGGGACCUCUCUUCCGACGCCAGUGCUGCCGCUGACAUGUCGACACCGACAAGUAACCCUGAGGCGGCCAAGAUUGCAUUAUUGGGCUCUCAAUAUCUGCAGCACUAUCCUUCGAGCCUGGAAGAAGUAGCGCCUUCUUUCACGGAUUGUACUCCAACAGACACCAAUACUGUCAAGAAUCAAUGCAGCGAGGCAGGUAGCUCGUGGGAGGCUGCCAAUGUUGGUAUUGGUGCGCACUUGCAUCAAGUUGGCCAUAUGUUUGACUGCCCGCGCCAAGAGACAGGUGUCAUGCUGAAAGAUUAUGUCGUUUUUAGUCGCACAUUCGUUACCCGGGAAGCAUACUCGACAAGAACAAAGGCGAAAGGAGGAUUGGCUCUGCAAGGCGACGAGUGCGCCUGGCACAGGUUAGACUGUCUUCGGUUUCGUGCACAUCCUGCCUUUCGACUUCCGCGCGACCCACCCGCCAGCUUUGAUGUCAGUGUGCAGGCGUAUGCCGUUGAGAACGGAACUCUACUAGCCGUUGCUUCAUCAGGCAUCUCCUUUGUAGAGAUAUAUGGCGAGGGUGACGAAGUUUGCCGUUCGUGGAUGGAAUUUCCCUUGGACAGCACCACAACGCACCGCCAAAUCACACUUUCAGAGCAAGACAUUAUCACGAGAUUGCCGGAGACAAUGCGAAAAGGCCCCAUCCGACUCUCCAUCAAGUCUCACGGGGGCAACUCCCUGGACAUUGAAAAUGUCAAACAUUUCAUCUCCAAGGCACAAGCAGUCAAGAUCAAGGGCUCGAAACAGGGGUUCCGAAGUUCGCAAAUUGGAUCUGCGCAGCCUCCAGACACAACACCAGAGGAUAUUCUAUUUACCUCUGCCCUCACUGACAGAAUCAUGAUAAGAAUGAAUGUCUACCAUGAUGCCGACGUGAUCCACGGCCUUGAGUUUGUGUACGACGAUGACAAUACUCAGCUAUUUGGUGAGCGGGCAGGAAAGAUUGGAGGUAAUAAUUACGAUUUUGAUCUGCGGCGAGGCGAGUACUUGAGUGGCUUUACCGUCAAGGGAGGAUCGACGAUACAUGGUAUCCAGCUCUUGACCAGCCUGGGCCGUAAAUCGCGCGUAUUUGGUAAUCCGUAUGGCGGAUCAAACCACACCAUCAUCCCGCCCCGCGGAUAUACGAUCUGUGGUGUUUCAGUUAGAAAUGCCGCGAAUGGUUUAGCCCUUCAUGCACACGCGUUUGGAGCUCGCAAACCACUGGCAACUCAAAUGAUACCACGUACAAACAUGGAGGGGAAGCAUCAUAAAGUAAUCAUAAUACCGGCCGAGGAGGAUAAAGCAUGGCGGUAA